CAGAGUGCAAGGUGCUGAGGAUUGGAGGUGUCCACUAAGAAAUGUCCAAACCUAUAAAGAAUUUUUAUGAGUUUAUUUGAGCCAAACUGAUGACCAUUGCCGGGAAGCAAAAUCUCCCCGAGUUGAGAAAAUGCUCUGGAGAAGGGCAGUUUGCAGCUUAAAGGAGGAGACUUAAGGAGGGUUACCUGGAAUUCAUUGGUGACAGAUUAAGGGGGCAGGAGAAAGCAAAGUGGGGGAAACUCUGGGAUCGAAUGCAAAGUAACCCGACAGACACACACACAUGCUUUUACACUGGUGGGCACAGGACAGCGAAUUACCAUUUGCAUAGACAGUAUUUGGGGAACAAGAUGACAGUGCGGGGGUUCUGUGUUCUGGUUGGUGGGUGUGCCCUGAGUUGUCUGGAAAAGGAAAUUACUCUGACAUUCUGUAGGUAUGUUAUCUUGGAUGUCAAAAGAGGAGACAGGCUCACUUAAAGUAAUGGGUCAAGGAAGCUACGGGCCUAGGAUAUUCCACCGCCAUCACCGCUUCUCGUUAGGGGUUCUUAUGUUCCCCUGUGUGGUUACUUUCCGUUUCUGAGUUUGCAGGGCCUGCCGUGCUGGCCUCCCCGCAGUUUGUCAGUGUUAGUACGUGGUCCCUUUUUCCACCACACUGGCACGGAAUAGGGGGAGAGGAAGAAACAGAAGGAGUCGGUUGGGGGCUAGGACUCCAAAGGAGGAGCCUGGAUGGGGGCCUGAGAGGCAGGAGCCAGGGGAUCGCAAAGCAGAGAAGAGGACCAGGCUGUUCCGGUUUGGGAGCAGCAGAUGGGAACGUUGGGACACUCCCGUGUAGGCGGGGCACUGAAAUGUCCUCCAAGGGCAAGGAUGGGCCCAGGGAGUGUUGGCCCUUUCGGUGACGCAGACCUCCGCAGGCCCUUUCUACCGGGGAGGGGUUGUACUUUUCCAUCUACUUAUCUACCUCCUCCAUGUGUGUCUGGGUGGCUGCUUAACAGUGUGUGCAUUUGUUAGGCUAACACGAGGAGUCAGCAUCCACAGAGUUUGCCAUAAAACAUAUAUAUGGCACUUAACAAUUCUGCCUAUAAUGUUUUGUUUUCUCCCCAAAGGAAGCAUCUCUAAAAUUUCAAUGAAUCGGCGAGGAAAGUACCUAAAAUACCGGUUUUUCUGCUUAUGUGCCAAACUUGCCACACAGGCACAUUGCGAACAAAAACUAGGCUGUCAAUCAGCAUUUAACUGUGAUACCAAAACUUGCAGAAACCCGGAAGCAAUCAAUGUAAUUAAGACAAUGUCCACUGCUCCAGGCCCCCGUUCGCCACAGGGGCACACCCUUUGGACCACAGGACAACGUCUACAUACACAAAACCACACGCCUGUGUCCCUUGGGUUCUGCUAUCAAAGUUCAGCCAGGUGGCGUGUCAGGAUAGGUGCCGCCGGUCUGCCCUAUACUUGCUCUCACAGUCCCCACUCCUUGAUGCGACAGUUACCAGAGCGGAGCAUCUGCCCGUGUCCCGCAUGUUCCACGAAGCAUGCCGCGGCCCGGAGCGCUCCUCGCAGCUGCGCUCACCUCCUGCAGAGCCAGACCUCGCCUGGCAAGCACACCGUGCCGAGCCCGGGAGCGCGCCCUGAGCGCCUGCCUGUGAUCCCUCGGCCGCGUAGCCGGCAUCGUUAGCAGCCUGAGUGGCGGCUGGGAGCCCCAGGGACUGCCCAGCCUUGCUCCCGGCUCACCCACAAGAUGUGGACAGCCCUGGUGCUCGCUUGCAUUUCCUCCUUAUCCUUCUCUGAGAGCCGAGUGGCGCCCCGGGAUCCAGGGACCUUCGUCUUCAACCAGACGCAGGCUGAUUUAGUCACAAAAAGCACAUCCAGGGAAACAACUGACAGCAUCUUUAAUAGAACCUCAGAGGGCGCGACGACACCCUCUCCUGUCACGUUGGCCAGAGAGACUUCGGGAGCCGCCCACAGCUCCCCUGCAGUCACGGCAGGGAGGACACCCGGGACCAACGGGGGCACCUCGGCAGCUACCGUGGGUCCCGCCAACCUCACGGACUCCAGGGUGCCCACGCCGACGUCCACACAGCCAACCCCGGCGUCCACGGCCGUUCUCAGCACACCCCGCACCCAGGCACCCAGCGACGGUACGUUGCCAACAGCAGCACCCAGGACGACGUUGGCCACCAGCACGCAGACUGCUGCCGCCACCACGGCAAAUGCCAGCAGCGCCCGGGGCUCACAGGGCCCCGCCGAGCACACCCCCCGCCACUCCACAGCCCGCCCCACGCUCCCCACGAGUCCCCACGCACUUAACACAUUCACACAAGGUCCCACCACCCAGCCAUCGACCGCCCGACCCGUGGCAGACACAGCAAGUAGGCCCACCCCGCCCCUCGAGAACACAACCCCAGAGCCCACCCCCUCCGUGGCUGCCGUGUCCACCACGGCGGUGACAGCUGAAGGGCCAGCAGCCAGCACAGUGCCAGCUCCUGUGCCACAGGCCAGCCCCACACCUGGGGUGGAGGCCACGUCCCCCACAACACCGCCAAGCCCUGUGUCAUCUCCACGGGGGGCCACGGGGCCUGCCACGCCCUCCACACCCGAGCAGGUGUGGCCUGAGGCCACAGGUGGCCCUGCUCCCACCAGCCCAACCCCCGGGAGCUCAGGGGACCCUCAGGUGCCAACCACGGACUCGUGCCAGCUCAGCACCCAGGGCCAGUACCUGGCGGUCACCACCAGGGCCCUGCCGCUGUCCCCGGUGAACAGGGGGGCACUGCUGGCCAUGCUCCUGCUUGGGGUGGCCUUUCUCUUCGCGGUCUUGGUCCUGUUUGCGCUGCAGGCCUACGAGAACUACAAGAAGAAGGACUACACGCAGGUGGACUACUUGAUUAACGGGAUGUACGCGGACUCAGAAAUGUGAGGGGGCAGAGGCUGGCCUUCGGCUCCAGCUGGACCCUCCGGGGGCUGGGCCCUGCCCUCCUUCCAUGUUCCCCCGAGACCAAACCAAGUGCUUCCAAAUCCUUUGGUGCAAUUCAGGAGCUCUGCCAGAUGUUUAAACACAUUUAAUUACGGUCGGAUUAAUUCCACGGUCACUAAAAUGUUGCUUUUUUCAUAUUUAUUUUUGUAAACGAUCAUGUCGAUGGAGCGGGCAGUGAUUGGGGUGGGUGGGCCCUGUUGUGUCAGACCCUGGCAGGAAUUAAAGCAACGGCCGCUUUCCAUUCA